AUGAAUAAUAACAUCAUAUUGUUUGUAGUGUUCUUAUUUUCUUCUUUAUUUAUUGUUAUUGAAUUAUGGGCUUUUAUGCAUACGUAUAAUAGUUUUAAAGUGAAUCUGAAGGAAGGGAUUGAAGUUUUAGACCAAAGAAGGUUGAAAUUUCAGAAAUAUUUAAAAGAUUUCAACAAAAGUUAUGAAGAUGAUGAGCAUGAACGACGUUUUGAGAAUUUUAAGGCCUCCUUAAAGGACAUAGCUAGGUUAAACAAGCUAGAAGGAAGAAAAGUAUUUGGUUUGACAAAAUUCUCUGAUAUGUCGAAAGAGGAGUUUGUUGAACGUAUGCUCUUAAAGCCUAUUGGCCAUCCCUGCGUUAGUAAGUACUUAAAUUGUACAAAGACUGAACGUGAGUCAUUGAGCGAAGAUGGAGUACGGUUCGUGGAUAGGUAUGAUGAUAAAGAACCACCCGAGAGUUUUGAUUGGCGAAACACAAAGGGUGUCGUUAAUGAAAUAUUGAAUCAGAAGCGAUGUCGUGGCUGCUGGGCGUUCUCCAUCGUUGGUGUUAUAGAGUCAAUGUCUGUUAUACUAAAAAAUGAUCACGAACAUCGAAGCAUACAGGAGCUCCUAGAUUGUUCAGAAUACAACAACGGUUGCGAUGGAGGAAGUGUCAGUAAAGCUAUGGACUACACAUGUAUCCAUCACAUGCCGUUUGUGCCUGAUCAGGAGUAUCCGCUCACGUUGGCCGUGAAAAGAAUUUGCAAGCUACCUGUUAACGCCACCGGUAGACGGGUUCAGGAAUAUGCAUAUCAAUGCAACCUCGAUGAAAAUAAAAUGGUUAAGCAGGUGGCCUUCCACGGGCCCCUGGUGGUAGCCGUCGAUGCAACCAACUGGCUGAACUAUAUCGGAGGAGUUAUAACGAGGGCUUGUUGGCCUGGUAUCGGGAAUCAUGUAGUGCAGUUAAUCGGAUACGUUGGUUAUGGUACCCACAAUGAAUCUGUCAUUCCUCACUACAUUUUGAAGAAUUCGUACGGUGAAGAUUUUGGUGAAAAUGGCUACGUUAAAAUUGCUAUGCACAAAAAUACAUGUGGGAUUAGGGACGAGGUUACUAUGUUAAGUGUGUAUUAA